GCAGCAGCCUGGAAUUGCUACAAAGCAGCAACGACAUCAUAGAGUGCCUCGUCGCAUUGUAAAACUUCCUGCAUAAAUCAGCCGAUUGCAAAAUGGGUUGCUUUGGGAGCAAAGACAAGUUGAGCAAAGAAGAUAUGGAUUUUCUUAAAUCACACACAAGAUACGACGAAGCAACUAUAAAAGAAUGGUAUAAAGGGUUUAAACAAGAUUGCCCGAACGGCAGGUUAACGCCAGCAAAAUUUGUCGACAUGUACAAAAUGUUCUUUCCAUCUGGCAAUGCGGAGGAAUUCUGCGAUCACGUCUUCCGUACAUUCGACAUGGAUAAAAAUGGCUACAUCGAUUUUAAGGAAUUUCUGCUGGCCAUCGAUGUAACAUCCAGCGGAACGCCAGAAGAAAAAUUGAAAUGGGCUUUUCGCAUGUAUGACGUUGAUGGAAAUGGCGUCAUUGAUAUUCAGGAAAUGACAAAGAUUGUGCAGGCAAUAUACGACAUGCUCGGAGCAUGUUCGAGUAACAGACCGGCAGAUAGUGCAGAAGAGAGAGCAAAGAACAUUUUUGCAAGAAUGGAUGAGAAUAACGACGGUCAGCUUACCGAAGAGGAAUUUUUGAAAGGUUGCCUUCAGGAUGAGGAGCUCUCAAAAAUGUUGGCCCCUUAAUUCACGUUCCCGGUUUUGGGAUCAGUCAUCGAUAAUACAACACUAUUUUCGAAAGACAUUCGUAAAAUAUCAACCGACCGAGCAAUAUCGACGAAGACAACAUCAAAAAUACGUCUAUGUCUUUCAUACGAACCAUUAUUGAUGCAAUGUUACACACGCACACAUGUAUACAUGCCCGCGCACUACUUGUGCACGCACACACACACGUACACGCACACGAACAAGUCAACAUGAUACAAUACAAUCAUUGCAAUGGUUUUAUGUGAGAAACCGACUGAACGCCUUCGAUUCCCAGAUGCAGUCGGCAAG